AUGGAUUUUUUUGGUAUGUCAAGAAAGAAAAAUAAAAGACUGACUGAUGCUGAACUUCGAUACAGCGCUGAGAAUUUAGACGAAAUAUCUUCACCAGAUGAAUUAAGUACUACCUCUGGAGAGUCAUGUUCAGACGAAGAUCCAUUUCACAUCAGUGGAGAGUCAGACGAAUCGUAUCAGCCGUCCUCUAGUUCUGAUGAAGAUACUCAAAAUGAAAAUAGCGAAACUGAAGAAGAAGAAGGAAAUAUUGCUGCGACAAAAGAACCACGAUUCAGUAUACCGGAUCAAAUUCAGUGCGCCAUAGAUCCAUCGAUAACCGCAAAUUCUACUUCACUAGGAAUAUUCAACAAUAUUUUUACGCGUAGUUUGUUUAUUUUAAUCGCAAAAUGUACAAAUCAGAGAAUUCAAAUGUGUAAUCGCAACAAGUCUGCUGCCCUUACUGAUGCAGGAGAAAUUAUGAUCACCCUCGGUUGCUCAUUGGUUAUGUGCUACAAGUACCUAAUCUUAGGCAUUCCUGUCAUCUCAUCCAUCUUUGGGAAACAAAGCGAUAAACUCGGCCAUAUCUAA